AUGAACGAUGAAAAGCUUAGCAGUGAUAAGGUUCCGCAUAAGUUCGCGGAAUGGCUUUUGUCAAUGGGAUGCCCGUCUGAUAAAGUGCCUUCAGUAGAUAAACUUGCGGAAAUGUGUAGAGGACAAUACUAUAUGGUAUGGCGUAGUUUAAUAGAACAUGUCGACCAAAGAGAUUCUAUAAGACAGAAACGAAUGCAGGUGUUCGUUGACGAUGUCAGGAAAUGUCAAAAGAGGAAUGCUUUCUGUAAGCCAGAUCCUAGUGUAAUAGUACCAGAAGAAUUAUCACUGUGGAAAGAAGAGACCGAACUUAGAGAAAAUUUGGAAGCUGCUGAGGUCAGGGUUGUGCAACUAAAGAAAGAGUGCAAUCAAUUAGUGAACAAGGUGUCUAGUAAAUUAUCUCAUCGGAAUCUUGCUCGUGAAAGAGUUGAAAGUUCACAACGCCGUGCAUGGUUACUACAACAAGUAGCUGACGAGCUUCGCAACAAGAAAGCAAACCUUGUGGAGACAAGGUCUAUUGCAGAGUCUCUGUGUUAUCACGAGGACACUGCCGACAUUGGAAGCAAGUUGGACAAAUCCAGCCUACGACUAAUAACGCGCGCGCCCUCAGUCCCAGUGUCUGCUAACCCACUGCAGAGUUCUAUCUUAUCCAACAACGGCGAUCUCAACGAUUCGGAGGACUUCAUAUCUCUGGUGAAAUGCAGUGGCGAAGUGCUGUGGCCUCAGCUAUGCGAGCGUCGUGCUGCGCUCAUCUCAGCUCUCAGUGUCACCAACGUGUCUGAUAACACUGCUGAAAAUAAAGGGGUGACCCCACAGUGGGUACUGUCGCACACGGCGUCCCUGCACACGUCGCUGGCGCUGGACGCGCUCAAGCAGCGCGCGCACGUGCAGCAGGCGCGCGCCAGGCUCGCCGAUGCGCUCACGCAACUAAACGAGUACGUGUCUGGCGACUCGUGCGAGGUGCUGGUGUGUCGCAGCGAGCAAGCGCGCGUGUCGGCACGCGUCACCGCCCUACGAGCCAUGCUCGAUGACGUCACGGCACGGAGGGGGGCCUUCGCUACCGUAGGCGAUGACGCCUCCACCACCAACACUGGUAAACAGAUCAACGUUAUCGAUAAGAGCAUUGAAAGUAAACGAGAUGAACUAAGAAGAGUGAUAACUUCUCUCGCUAUCACUGAGAGAAAGAUCCAGAAUGUCCGCGAGUGUCUCAUCACCGUGUUCAACAGUUUUCACACCGAAGGCUACUCGGACAGAUCCAUUGACCGGUUUGGAAGUCAAUUAUCAAUGCCCCAGGAAUCUAUAACGACUCUUCGGCGCUUUUACGAAGAGAACAGAGAGAAAACGAGAAAUAAAGUAGAAUUGAGUUUAGAAUUCGACACGGAGGAGAAUUGCUCUUACAGUGAUGGAGAUAACCAUAAUCCGAAAUUCAUUGAUGAACUGAAAGUGUAUCUAAACAAAUUUAACUUGGCAAACAAUCGAAAACUUAUUUUGGAAAGCGGUGAGAAAAUCUGGAUAUUUGAGAGUCUAAAAGCCUCGAUCAACCGCCUCCACACAAGACUGCAAGACAACGACCUAUCAUGUUCAAUCGUAUGUCCGUCUGUCAGCUUGACUAAGAACCUCCAGCAAGUGGUACAACUGGUACAUAACAGGGAGGAAAUGAGCAUCAAGUUGAAGGAGUUUGAGGGUAGAGAGAAAAAGGAUAUGCUUAUAGACAUUACGUCACAAUUGGAAGAAGAACAAAAAAUCACGGACAAAAUAAAAAAGCGCCUCAACGAGAAUCUUCUGAGCCUACAGAAGACUGCCAAAACGUUGGAUUUGGGGCAAGAAAACUUGAAGCUUUGGUCAGAGAACCAAAUGAGAAAAUAUAUAUCUAAUAGCCGGACCGUUGAGGGUAGGACUUAUAAAGAUUAUGAGUCAUAUUAUGUGGAAAACUUGAAUUUAAAUAUUUGA